AUGCUGCUUUUCGUCAAACUAUUCUCAUCCACUGUGUUAUAUUUCAGAUCCAACAAAGUUCCACGAUCGCCUGUAUUGCAGACUAUCCAUUCACGUGAUGAAGGUUGCCUUUGGAUCGGAUUAGCAAUCGUCACAAAAUUAGCUCAGGAGUAUUGCCCCACAGGUGAAUGGGAUGUGUACUUGACAGCUAGAAAUGCUGAAUCGGGUAUGAAAGCCUGUAAGGAGCUGAACGAUAAAGGUUUACAUGUUAAAUUUCGUCAACUGGAUAUAACUAAUUCCGCGAACCGGAAGAGCUUCUUGGACUACAUGAAGCUGAACUACCCGAAAGGAAUCAACAUUGUUGUGAACAAUGCUGGAAUCGCUUAUAAGGGAGACUCUACUGCACCCUUCGGCGAACAAGCCCGGGUUACUGUCAACACAAAUUUCACAUGUACCGUGGAUUUCACCCUGGAGCUUAUUCCACUUCUCGCAGAAAACGCCAGGGUCGUUCAAGUAUCCAGUACUGCUUCACAUCUGACAUUGAAGAAACUGAGCGACGAGCUGUACGCAAAGUUCACUUCAGCCAUGAGCCUUGAUGAACUGAGGUCUCUGGUGGCCGAUUUCGUUAAAAACCGCAGGAAGACUGCAUUUACAAAGAGUCCGUGA